AUAAACAAAGCCAGCCAGCAUUCUGCAGGUGACGUAACAGAGCGACAAAAAAAAAAAAAAAAAGAAGAAGAAGGAGACCAGACAACAAAAUACGUAAAAAUAAAAGAAAAACCCUAGAAUAGAUUUUAGAUUUAGAGAUCACUUUCUUUCUCUCUCCUUAUGUGCUGCUAGUAGUACCACUAGCGCCUUCUCUUCUAUUCCUUGAAGUAAAUCUUCUCCCGCAGCAGCCUCUCAAUACUGGACCCACUAUCUUCUGCGGACUCCGAUUCGAUCCCGUGCUGACAGGGCAUUGCUUGUUUCAGUGCUGCUGGUCAUAUAAGGUUGAUUUUGGUGCUGUCUGAUAAGCAGGAAAUCUGGGGUUACUCUUCUCAGCUACUUUCAGCUCAUCACAAUGAUUGCUUCUGGGAAUGUAACAAUGAAGAAGUUAACGAUUAAGAUUGCUUCCCAAAGAAUACAAGCUAUUCCUGGGAAAAAGUUGCUUGGUGCUGAACAGAGUUGCAGCGCUUCUAUGGGUGAGAAUCAUGGUUCUCAGAUGACAAAACAGAAAUCUGUGGCCCCAGUUUCUAGGAAGCGUGGACCACCAGAGAUGAUAGAGUGUCAACAGCAGAAGAGGCAGAAGAUGGAUCGUAGUGUGACACAACAGUGUUCUUCCCUUCUAAAAUCACUGAUGGCUCAUCCAGCUGGAUGGGUUUUUAAUAAGCCUGUGGAUCCAGUAGCACUGAAGAUUCCUGAUUAUUUCACUGUUAUAUCAAAUCCCAUGGAUUUAGGAACAGUAAAGUCCAAGCUAGGAAAGAAUUUUUAUGGUAGCAUCAAUGAGUUUGCAGCUGAUAUCAGACUGACCUUUUCAAAUGCCAUGCUGUAUAAUCCUCCAUCAAAUAAUGUCCAUAGAAUGGCGGAGGAACUGAAUGGGAUUUUUGAGACAGGGUGGAAAGCUUUAGAGGAAAACUGGAAUCAUGAAGGACCAAAGUUUGGAAGUGGAAAGAUUUCAAGUGGAUGCACAACACAAAUCGUCAAUGCCAAACAGAAUUGUCUCAGUAUGCCUUCUGUGCACUGUACUACUCUGCCAAAGAGAUCAAAAACAUCCAAAGAAAACGUGAUAAGGAACUUGUCCAAUGCAAGUGUUAUUACGGAAGCAAAGCCUACUAAACCAGCAGAGAUGCGCAAGUCCCUUGUGCCGAACUCUUACAAAGGUGCUGAUGGUGGCGGUAGACAUGCAUGUGGCUCUACAACUGUGAAGCCAAUGUUGAUUCCAGUUGCUUCAAACUGUGGUAAAUGUGGCAGUAAUGCUUGCCGAUGCAGCCUCCAAAUUGAUUCAUACCAUACAAACUCAGAUAUAUCUUCUGAGAGAUCAUCUGGGAGGGAUCAGCAUGCAUGCAGCACUGAUACCUCAAAACUGGCGAAAAUCAUGCCUGCCACACAAACGAGCAAGUCAGAUCCAGAUUCUGAUGAGGCUGUUAGUGCUUUGGAUGAUGAGAAUAUAUGUCCUGGUUCCCAGCUUACAACUCCUGCAACAGAUGCAGCUUCUGGAGAAGAGUUGAGCUCUCUUUUUGCUGUACCAUUGUCUCCAAGUAAAGCUCUUCGUUAUGCAACAAUAAAGCAUCGAUUCGCAGAUACCAUCUUAAAAGCUCAAAAUAAGGCAGUGCUUGAUAAUGGUGAUAAAGCUGAUCCAAUGAAGAUGCGGCAGGUGAAGGAAAGAUUGCAAAGGCGGCAGCAGGAAGAGAAGGCUAGGAUUGAAGCACAAAUCCGAGCUGCUGAAGCUGCCACGCGAAGGAGGGAAGAGACGGAAAUGAAAAGGCAACGGGAGAGGGAACGAGAAGCUGCUCGAAUUGAACUGCAAAAGAUGGAAAAAACUACUGGGAUCGAACAGAACCUAGAUAUUCUAAAAGAACUGGAGAUGCUCUGUGGCUGUUCAAUAUCACUGAAUUACCAUUUUGGCAGUGGAAGGAUGGAAGUGGUAAAGGGAGCUUGCAUUGGUAGCCCACUUGAGCGGUUGGGAUUGUUUAUAAAAGAUGACAUUGAAGACGUGGAUGAGGAGUUUCUGGAUGAAGAUGGAGAGGAAGGAGAGAUACUCUGUUAGAAGCUCGACAGAUUUCUCUGCCAGUUGACAACAUCUUUAUGGGAAAAAGUUGGGGUGUAAAUGGCAUUAAUUUUGUAGUGGGGAUAGAGGGAUCGUUGUAACGUAGAAGUAGCUGUAUUUAUAGGUCGAAGAUAAGAGUCCGCUGGUCAACUCACCAUUCGUCUCUUGAGAGCACUUGUAAAUGAUUUUUUCUCUCGCGUCGUAUGAACGGUUCACACACGUGCGCGCGCGCGCGCGCGUGUGUGGAUAUGCUUACACUUGCACUUGAGCUAUCGAAUAGCCGUGCUGGGAUUUUCUUCUA